AUGGCUGAAUCCUUGAAAAAGCCCUUCAGUGACAGUCUGAGUGAUAUAAAAGAACGAAUGAAAGAGAAAAGAAAUCAGAAACGGAUCAAGUUGGGUAAAAUCAGCCAGAUCUCCACUGCAAAGUGUAAAAAACCAACCAACAGCUCCACACAAAUCAAGAGCAUCCAAGCAAAUAACAGAGCUUUAGCUCAGGCUUUGCAGGAAGAAAAGCUCAAACUGAGGGAUGCCCAGGCUACCAUUCUUCAUUUAAGGAAAGACUAUCAAGAUCUGAAGUUUCAGAUGAUUGACUUCCAAAGAAAUUAUAGGUUCAACCGAGCACAAGUACUUGUUGAGAAUCGACUGUCAGCUUUGAAUGAGAUAAUUUCAAAAGUUUCUCAGAACUUACUGAACUCAAUUGAUCUCCUUGGCCCAGCAAAGAACUUGUGUUCCACAGAUGUGAAUCAGAGAGUGCUUUCUUCAGUUCUUGAAAAUAGUUCCAGUGUCCUAGGACAAAUAAGUUCAGUAGGACCUCUGCAGUCUGCUGAUGGAGAUGAUCGAGUACUUCCAAGUGAGAUGGAGGCUCAUACUGAUAGAAAUGAGCUGGCUCAUUCUGUGUCACAGAUCUGUGAGGAAUCUGACAAUGCCAUUUCCUUAAUCAAAAUAGUUCCAGACAAAGGGCGAACAUCUGAUUUUCAUCUGGACAACAUAGGGUCAGAGCUGGAAACUGUUUCUUCAGGUGGAGAGGAUGGAUUUGGUAACGUGUUACCAAAAAGCGUGUCCACCAGACGUCGCUAUUCAAAGAUGAGAAAUCACGAUGAACUUUGCACCGGUGUCUUGGACCAUUCAGAAGCACCCGAUUCAACAAGAGAGCUUUCUAAAAAGGAUGAAAUUAGACUUGAGGAAAGUCUAGAGAAGUGUACUAUAGAAAACAUCAACUCUGAUCUUUCUCAGUUGAAAGAAAACAAGGUGGACUCAAAGCUGGUGUUCAGGCGAAUAGGUUCUGAAACUGCACAGUUCAACUUGGACAAUAAUUCUGAUCUUAAACAGCGUGAGUGUAAAAGCAGAGAAGGCUCUCAAGUGAGGAAAGAGAAGCAUCGGAAGGGAAAACUGGAAUGGCCAAAAAAUACUUCCAGACAAAGACCAAAAAAAGGACAGGGUAAAGAGGCUUCCAAAGAAAAGUUGGAUUUCUUGGGUGGUUCUAAUGAUGCUUAUGACUUUCAUUUUGAAGAGUGUGUCCAUGUUACACCUUUUCGACAAAGUAAGGUGAAUGACACAGAUACUGAUGUAGAUGACAAAAAAGACUUACCUGAAACCAAUACCACCGAGUCAAGCGAUGCUGAAGAAGAUUCAGACGAUAGCCUCUAUGAACCUUAUAAGAGCAAAUCAAAGAAAAGGAAAAGUUCAGUGGACAAGCAAGACCCAUCGCCAGUCCAUGCGAGGCCGAGGUCUAAAAGAUGUUUGGCACAGCGUCAGCCGGAACUCCAUAAUGAAAAAGAGACUAAAAGCAGUGAAUCAAGUAACAAAUCUGUCAGGCAGCCUUCUGAGCCAUCUCGUGGUCAUCUCUGUGAUGUUACCAAUACUGCUUCACUGCUCCCUAGCACUGGGAAUGCACCUGCUGUCCUGGGAGGUGAAGGACCACUAUCUCCAAAACGCAAGCGAAGCUGUACUCUUACUGUGAGUUAUAAAGAACCAAGUAUUGUAAGGAAACUCAGGAGAGGAGAUCCAUUUACAGAUACAAAUUUCCUGAAUUCUCCAAUUUUCAAGCAGAAAAAAGAUGUGAAACGCCGUUCUGUGAAGAAAGCAUCUCUGUCAAAAUACAAUGAGAAAUUUGUUGGUUGUUGUUGA